CCGCGGCAGGUGCCCCGGCGGCGGGAUGGUGGCGGCGGCCGGAGCGGGGCCGUAGGGGCAGCGGCGGGACGGGAACGGGGACGGCAUGGGCGGCACGCAGCUGCUGCUGCCGGCGGCGCUGGGGCUGGCGGUGCUGGCGGCCGCGGCGGCGGAGGCGAGGGCCACCUCGGAGGCGCAGCUGCCCGGCGCCUCGGCGAUGGGCACGGGCGCCCCGCCGAGCCCCAGCGGCACAGCCUUCGAGGAGACGCGGCUGCACGUCUUCACUCUGGACUACCCCCACGUGCAAAUCCCCUUCGAGAUCACCCUCUGGAUCUUGCUGGCCUCCCUCGCCAAGAUCGGCUUUCAUCUUUAUCACAAGUUGCCCUCGAUAGUACCUGAAAGCUGUCUCCUUAUUCUGGUUGGAUUGCUUCUUGGUGGCAUUAUUUUUGGAGCAGAUGAGAAGUCCCCACCUGUAAUGAACAGUGAUGUUUUUUUCUUGUAUCUUUUACCACCCAUUGUACUCGAUGCUGGAUAUUUUAUGCCAACUCGUCUUUUCUUUGAGAACUUUGGUACCAUAUUCUGGUAUGCAGUGGUGGGCACGCUCUGGAAUGCCAUCGGCAUUGGAAUUUCACUUUAUGGAAUUUGCCAGAUCAGUGCAUUUGGUUUGACUGAUAUCACAUUGCUGCAGAAUUUGCUCUUUGGCAGCCUCAUUUCAGCUGUGGAUCCUGUGGCAGUGCUAGCUGUUUUUGAAAACAUUCAUGUCAAUGAGCAGCUUUACAUCCUGGUGUUUGGAGAGUCUUUGCUGAAUGAUGCUAUAACUGUGGUCCUGUACAAUUUGUUCAAGUCUUUCUGCCAGAUGCGCACGAUUAAGGUUAUUGACAUAUUCGCUGGGAUUGCUAACUUCUUUAUAGUGGGGAUCGGUGGAGUAUUGAUUGGAAUCCUUUUGGGAUUUAUAGCAGCCUUUACCACCCGUUUCACCCAUAAAAUCCGAGUGAUUGAGCCACUCUUUGUCUUCCUGUACAGUUACCUGUCAUACAUAACAGCUGAAAUGUUUCAUCUCUCGGGCAUCAUGGCGAUUACAGCUUGUGCCAUGACCAUGAAUAAAUACGUGGAGGAAAAUGUUUCCCAAAAAUCCUAUACAACAAUAAAGUAUUUCAUGAAGAUGCUGAGUAGUGUCAGUGAGACCUUAAUCUUCAUCUUCAUGGGAGUGUCUACAGUUGGGAAGAACCAUGAGUGGAACUGGGCCUUCGUUAGCUUCACCCUCCUUUUCUGUUUAAUCUGGAGGGCACUGGGUGUUUUUGUUCUGACUCAGAUCAUUAACGUGUUCCGGACAAUUCCUCUCACUUUUAAGGACCAAUUUAUUAUUUCCUAUGGAGGCCUCCGAGGAGCUAUUUGUUUUUCACUUGUAUUUCUGCUUCCUCCUGCUGUGUUCCCCAGGAAGAAAUUGUUCAUCACUGCUGUUAUCGUGGUGAUAUUUUUCACUGUUUUCAUUCAGGGAAUAACAAUUCGCCCACUGGUGGAGUUUCUUGAUGUCAAGAGGUCAAAUAAAAAGCAGCCUGCUGUUAGUGAAGAAAUUUAUAACAGGUUCUUUGACCAUGUGAAGACUGGAAUUGAAGAUGUAUGUGGACACUGGGGUCACAACUUUUGGAGAGAUAAGUUUAAAAAGUUUGACAAUAAAUACCUGCGAAGACUUCUAAUCCGGGAGAACCAGCCCAAAUCCAGCAUUGUUUCUUUAUACAAGAAGCUGGAAAUCAAACAUGCCAUUGAGAUGGCAGAGAGCGGAAUGAUAAGCAAGGUGCCAUCAGCGGCAUCUCUCAGUGAAUAUCAUGAAGGAAAGAUAAAGCCGCUUUCUCCUACUGAAAUGGAAAACAUGCGGGAAAUAUUGACAAAGAAUCUCUACCAAAUACGACAUCGAACGAUGUCAUAUAACCGACAUAGCCUGGCUGCAGAUGCAAGUGAAAAGCAAGCCAAAGAAAUUCUGAUCCGUCGCCGGCACAGCCUUAGGGAGAGCCUGAGGAAAACGAACAGCCUGUCAAGAGAAAGACCGGCUGCUGCAAAUACAAAAAGAUUUCUUUCACUUCCUAAAAACACUAAACUCCCAGAAAAACUACGAGUGAGAAAUAAAACAUCUUCCAGAGUGGGUGACAGCAGCGACUCUGAGAUGGAUGCUGCUACCACAGUGCUCAACCUAAGACCAAGAGCAGGGAAAAUCUUGAGAGAGCAGAGACUGAGACAGCAGAGACCACUACCUGAGUUUAGGGUGGAGUGGAAGAAUGAAGUUGAUGGGAGCCAGGAUGGACGAGGAGAGCAGCUGGAGCCGACCAUCUUGCCUCAGCCACCCAUUGGGUUCAGGCAGCCACUGCUGACGAGACCAAGAUUUGGCACUUUGAGCAGGGAAGAUUUGACUGCAGACCAUGGGUCAGCAAGACCUAUGCCACCACCACGGUUAGUUAGGCAGGCCUCGCAAGGGGAAAGGCAGAGGAAUAAGCCUGAGAACCAGCCGUACUGAACAUAACAAUAAGAGAACUAUUGCUAAUAUACCAUAGAUGCAUUGAAUUAGGAUUCUAAACUAUCUGAUCAGACUAUGGGAUCCAUUUAAAAAAAAAACAAAAAACAAACAACCAAGCCUCAACAUGGGUCUAACCACUUCCAUUUGAGUAAAGUCAAUGCCAUUAACUAAGUGAAUGGAAUACUGGAGGAAACUGCAAAGUUGAAGACAUGAAAAAAAAAAAAGAAGAAGUCUUUUAUAAAUAACUUAUGGCAAUGCUUUAUUUACAUUAUUUCCACUCUUAAGAUAGGAUGGAAAUGUGCCUUAUCAUAUCAUCUCUUGUGGAACAGUCAUGCAGGUUCAAUACCAAGUUCUGCAUUGAAAAUCAUUGUUGACAGUCCAAUGAUGAAUGGGUUCUUGGAAAAAUUUUGUAUCAUUUCAGAUUUUAUUUAUAAUCAAAGAAUAUUUGUUUUAACCAGAGCUUUAAUAUGAAUAACACUGAAAAUUGCACAAUGCACCUAUCAUAUAGACUUUCUAAGAAGAAUAAAUAUAAUUCUUGAAGUCCAGUUUAUUUGAAGAGCUGUGAUGCAGAAAAAGAGGAAGAAGAGAAGGAACAAGCUGGAGGACCAGAAUUGCAAAUACAGCUUAUAGAAAGGAGUUGCAAUAGAAACAAGACCUGAAUAGCUUGAAUUUUUGCUUUCUGAAUUUUUUGGCAAUACGUUACCUUUGAAAGGUACUGAGGAUCACCAAAGGAAAUCUGAGUUACCCUGACUUUCACUAAUGCCAACAGGAUCUGAAAGCACCUAGCAAGACACCAGAAGCCCUAAAAAAGAGAAAACUUCAAGUGGAUAAAUAAGACUCUUAUUCAAAAUUGCUUUUUGCACCUUAGUUUCUUGGUGGCCGAGCAAACACAGCAGUAGAAUAGUUGCAGAUCAUUGCACGUAGACAAAGCUAGCAAUCUCCUGUUUGAGUCAGGGACCACUGAGACUCAAGCAAGCUCGUACACUCAUGCCUGUGACCCUGGUCAACUUGUUUUACUUUGUUUCUUUAUCUGUAAAAGGAGAAAGAUAAUCUUUUCUUUGUCUGAGCUAUGCACUCCCAGUAACAAAAAUGUUCCAUCUGAUUUGUUUGUACAGAAAAGCACAGCGGGGCCCUGGAAUCAGAUGAAAUCACUGUGCACCUUAAUAACACCCAUAAGAAACACGGACUUCUUCAUCCAAGCAUAAAUGUCUGCCAUUUGAGUGCAUAUGGGAAGGGAGGGUGCAUUAAAAUAAAUGAUACUUAACUGUAGCUCUCAGGAAUUUGCACUUUCUGUCCCACUUAAUCUGUUUUAAGUUUUGAGCUUGCUUUAGCACAGAGAUACAUUUCAGCACAAUGCAGAAAUCAUUUUCAUUCUACAUGUAACAAGAUUGAUAACUUUCAUUGAAGAAUGUACACUGUGAAAUCAUAACUUUUCAUUUUCUUUAGCACAUUGCUAAAUCUGUGGGCAAUAAGAUCAUUUUUUAUUUAAGCUUGUUUUGAAAGAACUAUUAAAAAUCAGAAUUUCCUUUUAAAAUCACAGGGUAGCUUUCUUUCAAAGGUUUGUGGAUGGGGUUGAUAAAUUAGUUUUAUAAAUGCAGAUUUAAGACUUGCUUCUGACAGCUUUUCAAAAAUAUUUAUUUCAUGCAUGUAUUUGAAAUAUCAGACUUCCCUAAACUCUUUUAUAGGCACAGGUCUUUUAGUCUUUUUCCUCAGUUCCAGUUAUGGAAGUUUCUGCUGUGUGUCAAAUGCAAAGUCUAAGCUGCAGAGAGACGGCUAUGUGAACCCUAGAAAUCUCAGUCAAGUGUUCAUGGUUAUUCUCAACAAAUGAUUUUUGUGAAGGCAAUACUUAGCUAUCCUUUACUGAUCAUCUCAUGUUUGGAAACAAAACUGGGUUCAAACACAUCCAGCAGCUUUAUAAACAAAUUUGAAUUUGUCUUUCAACAGGAAAAUAUGUUUCAUCAGUAAAACUGUCAGCAAGUACCCUGUCACUGCCUUAUUGGGAUAAUAUUUGAAUAAGAAAGAAGCCUUGAGUUUGGAUUCCAGUUUUCAGAACAGGUCCUCCUUCCUGAUCAGACUGUUUAGAUGAGGUGUUUUAUAUCAGGCCCAUCUGAAAUCUGACCAAAUAAAUAAAUGUGAAAUGUUGCACAUCAGUAUUUAGUUUACUCCCUGUGGAGCUUUCUCAUUCAUGUGCUGGUAAUGACCAAGACAUUGGCUUGUAUCUGGGGGAAACUGCCUUUUUUUUUCUUUCAAAUGGUUACCAUUUUUUAUGGCACAAUUUUAAAUAAUGAAUGGACGUUUCAGGAACCUUACUGCUUUGUCGGUUGUCCAUUAAUACAGUGCAUGCUCUGAUCAUUGGCACUUAAACUGGGUGCCCCAUAGUAUAAACACAUCAAUUUGUAUGUUGUUUUUACAAAAUAUGGUCUUAAGCUCUUGGUGCUUCAAAACACGCUAGCACAUUGUUACCUUUCCAAAGCACUUUGAGAUCCACAGAAUACAAGCAUCAAGGCAGAUCUCCAGCAUGAUUACACUGUGAAGCAGAAUCAAAAAUCUCCUGGGACUCUGGUGUCCUUGCAAUCCCUCUCUCCCUUCUUCACUUCUGCUCCUCCCACCCUUUUGCAGGCUUUUUUAGUCUACUGCUAGGUCAGACCCUCAUCUCCUCUGGGAGCUGCUUUCUUGGGUGUUCUUUACAGUAGCAAUGCCAGCAGCAGGGGAAAAAGGCUAUGUCCCAAGUAGCCCUCCCCAUUCAAGUCUUGCUCUGGUUGGGGUCAGAGGUUUACAUUUUCCUAUUUCCCCCUCCCCCGCAAAGGAAAACCAGGCUCAAUAGCACUUUCUGGUCUUUCUGAAAGGUCCAUCUAAAUUUAGCUUGCAGACGAGAUUUUUCCUCAUGUUGUAUCAAAGAAAGUUUGUCUGCCAGAGAACUAAAUGCCCAAUAAAUCUGUCCUUGAGCACCAUCUGAUGGGGAAAGUCGUGUAUUGACUGGGAAGAUUUUUUGUUCGCUUUUUCAGGAAACCACAUCUUCAGCAGCGACUGGGAAACUCACCAAACCCACACAUCUUUUGUUUCCAGAUAGACUCCCCAGUACUCUCGAUAGUAUUGGCAUUUUACUGCUUCAGUGAGGAAGCACAAUGCCCAGUUGUCUGGUUUUAGGGACAGUAGGAAAAUAUACAUAUUACACUCUGAAUUAGGGCUUUCUGAAUAUUUCGUUCCUCCUUCAGCUGCCAAGAGACUUACAAAUUGGAAGUAAAUAGGAUAAGAGAAGGUAGGCAAAGCAAAGGCUAGAGAGCAGAUAGACAUACAGUCAUCUGUUUUAAGCAGAUAUUUGAAAGACAAAACAAGAAUAAUUUGCCAUAAGAGGCAAAAUUUUAAGGGCUGUCAUACUUGGUACUAAAAUAUGCAAGUACCAUUGAAACCACAGGUGUUCAACAAAAGAAAAGCAUGCUGCAUAACAAUUUAGAAACUUAAGAAUAUACUUCCUGCUGAAGCCACAUAGAAAAUCAUAUGGAGAAACAAAGUUUAAAGUCUGGCCAAAACAACAUGCAUGGUGUUACAAGUAGUAACUUGGCGUCUCUGGGAGCAAACACACAGCACCCUGCCCCAUUUUUUCAAGAGAUGCCAAGUCCACCUUUCCCAAACACCAGCAACUUCCUAAGGAUGACACUGCAAGAAAUGUUUCAGCUGGUCACCAUUUGUAAAAUUGUCUAAGUUCUGCCAACACUCCCGCCAGCUCCUGAGGAAAAGACAAAGGAUUUUGAAAUUAGCCGAAGGAAUGCUUUUUGUACAAGAGGUCUGCUCCUAUAAAAAUAUGCUUGUGAAGAUACUUAAAAAAUGGCAUCUGUAAUAUAUUGGAGGCUCAGGCCAGAAAACACAGUGGAAAGGAUGUCAGAUACAAGCCUGAGAAACUGUGUCAGGACACAGUUGAGAGAGAAGUCAUGGACUAUCUGAUUCAGGUGCUAUUUACAUCUGGAAGAUAUAGGAGAACUAACAGUCUUUUUUUUUAUUCUCUCAUUUUAGUAGAUCAUGAUAUAAUACACUUUCUAGAUAAACCUGAAGCUGUGCUUGACGCUGUCAGUUAUGUGAAUGACUGUGCGUAAACUGUCUUACAAUUUUGAAGUGAAAGAGUUUCAUCUCCCUCUUGGCCUGUUUAUUAGAUGGUCAGCUAAAUGAGAAGCUACCUAAAAAAUGCCUGUUAGCUUAAUUGUCCUCUGAACAAUUGAAGGAACCUUAGCAUUUGGGAGUUAUACAAAGGUGGGGCUAAAAAUUGUCUUUCUUGGAUACUGUGCUGAGCCACUUGAGAAUCUUCUCCAUCCGAAGAAUUCUUCUUGCAGAUGGUAGGCAGAUCUUCUAAUAGGAUAACACAAUGGCAGGUUGCGUUAGCAUUGUUUCUUGCCCAAGAAGGCAAACACUGAUGCAGUUCCCAUAACAGCACUGACAUGCUUUGGAAGCCUUUUUAUCCUGUCAGAUUUGACAGAUUAUGAGAGACUAAAAUUGCAAUGGGGAAAAUAACACUUAUACAGACUUCUCUGGUUAAGUCUCAAUGUUUUAUGAUCUGAUGAUUUGCAAGUUAUAACAGCACCCUAAUCAACACAGGUUUUGUUUCAAAACAUAAUUAUUUUCCUUUUUGUGGCAAAGUAAUUUUAAAUAUCCAAGUUUACUUCAUUUACUUUUCAUAUCUAAAACCACCUAUUUAUUACAAAUUUGACAGAAUGGAAGAACAGUUCCUAUCAUCCAGCAUAAAAAAAAACCCUCAAAAAUAUAUUUUUGAAGGUAAGAGAGGAUUAAAAAUAACUAGAAAUCUCCUUCUAAGUUAACACAAUUGUUUUUCAAGACUCCCCUUUCUCCCCUUUCAGAGAAGAUCUACAAACUUUCAUUUUUAUGAGAAGGAAUUCUGAGCUCCGUUCACUAUCACGAUUCUCAAGGUUCAGGCUCUAAUAUACUCCCUUAGAAGAUUCACAAUCAGCUCUUUGUAAAUGAGCCUUCAAAAUUAGAGCAAUAACAGCAGAGUUGAGUCUUGGGUUUUCAAAUCCCAAAGUGCCAAGCUAUAAAGCAUCAUUUACCCAGGGGUACUGCACAGCACCCAUAACCAAAUGGGGGCUGCAGCACCUGAACAUACCCACAGAGGUUCCCAUCAGCUAGUAUGCAAUGACACUACAGACUGCUUGAAGUAAUGAGCAAGCCAGUUCAUAAGCAAUGCCUGUCCUAUUUUAUUGCUGCAUUACCUGCUCAAUAAUCAACCUGUUCUCAGAAAAUGAGAAUGGUAUUGACCUCUGUGAUGACACUGCAGUGAAUAAUUCAAAGAGAAUGAAACAGGACGAGAAAAUGAAACCUUCAGAACUGAUAUGUUUUUAAAGGAUCUUUUCAAGUAAGUGCAGCAGACAGAAUUUUCAUGGGCCUCAUCAUUUAAAAGCAACAAAACCAGUACAUAUCAUAUGCUGCCAGCUGCUUUACAGAAAUAAAUUACUACAUUACAUAACUUCUUCAACAUCAGCUGAUCAUAAAGGUCAGAAAAGUAGCCACUGCUAAAAAAGUGCAAAUUUCAAAACAUAAAGAGCAAAAAAACCCACAAUGCAAAAUUAAAGUAACAGCAAGCAAGAGAAAAAUUUUAGUUUGCAGUUAUUUGCAGGUACAAUUUUUCUUGGUCCAUAUUCAGAUCUCUGUUUUCUUAGUCUUCAGAUACCACAAUAGGAUUCAAGAAACUGCUGAGUAAUUCUGUAGACUAUAGCCAAAGAUAGCUGCAACUGCUCCUCCCUCAAGGUAAAAACAGGGAGUCACAUCUCCAGGGAUGUCAUUUACUCAUCCCUCUCUGAAACUGCACAGUUAUGGCAACUACGAGACAACACAGGGGAUCCACACAGGGUUUCCAGGCAAUGUAAUAGUAGCUUAAAGUAUUCUAUCUCAAAACUGGAGGUUCUCUAUUUUCUUUUAUUUCUUCUUUUUCAUUCAGUGUGAAGCCACUUCUUGGCUGAAUCCUUGGCUCCUGUGCCUUCUGUUUGAAAAGCAGGCAGAUUCAAAUGAUCAUUAGAAGGAACAGCUUGAAGAAAAAAAGAAAACACCUUCACUUCAUAGUGACUUAAACACCUCUAUUUCAUGCCACAGCAGAGGAAGAGACAAAAAACCACAGCAACAAAGUAACAGAUGUGGAAUGUCACUUCAUUUUAUUUCUAUGCCUUAAAAAAAAAAAAAGUGCAACUUUUCCAUAACUGAGGCAUUACAAAGAAAUGUUUCUGCAGCACUUUAGAAGUUAUUUUGGCCUACAAGUAAAAAACUUUUCUUCUGUAAUAUCAGUUGCAACAUGUCCCUGAGACCACAGCCUUCCACAGAAUCCUCAAUUUAACUAUUUAAUUUCAUUUUUAUUUAGCCUUUUAUGGAGAACUACUUUUCAAAAUAAAAAUAUUUGCCAAUUGUGGAAAGCACUUUCUUCACUUAUGUAUACACAAAACCAGUGAAGUUUUGAAGUCUUUAUAAGCAAUAUUCAGGCUGCUGUAUAUGUCAGUACAAACUGAAUUCUAUGGUGUUUAGACUUCAGCUUUAACCGGUGCAGCAACUUAGAAGGGUAAAUCUUGUUAGCUCAUAACCAACAAGUAUAGGAAAAUUUACUAAAUCUUUCAUACAUAUUAGUUUUUUAUGUUUUUUUCCUACCCUCUUCCUUCACCCCUUGCUAUAGCUGCAAAACGUAAGUACCUGACUCACAGAAGGGUAAGUUUAGAUUUAAAAAAAAAAAAUAAUGGAAAGAAAGAAAACAGAAAAUUUAGGGCAAGAAUGUUUCAGGGCAUCAAGCAAGACAAGAGGUGGUAAGGCACUUGAAAAUGCAUCAAGUACCUAGGGUGAAAUGACACCCAGACUAUUAUAAUAAGGAACUCUGAGAAUAUGCACUGAAAUCAUAGCAGUAGUAAGACACACACUUAUUAUGUCAACAUACAGAACAACUCAGAGUUCAAUACAUAUUGCCAUGGUGCUGCCACUGGAAUCGUUGAGGUUUUAACAAGCAUUUAAAUGAUAGCAAGCACUGGAAAAGGUAAAGAAGACAAUAAAAAUAACAAAAUGCAAAACACUAUCUAUAACUCUUCUGAAUAGAGCAACACUAUUUGCAAGGAUAUGUUCAACGAGAUAACUAAAUUGCUUUUUAAUCAAAAAAAGUCCAAUUAUUUUAUGUACUUGACUUUGUACUUUCAUCAGAUAAUACUAGGAAAAGCAUAUAGGAUGUUAUCUGUGCAAAAUACAUUUUUCUUAUGUUUCAAAUGAAAUACAAACAGUGGUCACUGGCAAGUAAUAUGACCUUGAACAGUAAUUAGCACAGUAGAGUGCUACAAUUCUCAGUCCAGCUGAGUAACCUCUCCUUAUGAGUUAAACAGUGAAGAUAAA